AUGCAAAGGAAAAGAUCCAUCGAUCAACCAAUCUCAGAUGCCCAAUUAUCGCAUGAAGAUUCAGAAGGAAGCUAUGGUGUCGUAAAUCCAAGAAAAAAACAGAGGCAGUUAGCCCCGAUGACCCAAAAUAAUCCUACACUCUCCAUAAACGCCGGGAAGGCAGGUCUACCUCCGCCAGGAUACAUAAAGAAGGUCAUUUUAAAAAAUUUUAUGUGUCAUGAGCACUUUGAACUGGAACUUGGGCCCCGCUUGAAUUUUAUUGUAGGUAACAAUGGAAGCGGGAAAAGUGCUGUUCUUACUGCUAUUACCAUCGGUUUAGGCGCUAAAGCAACAGAUACAAACAGGGGCUCAAGUCUGAAGGACUUGAUAAGAGAAGGCUGUCAUUCUUCCCGAAUUGUUAUAAUACUUGAUAACAGUGGUCAAGGAUCAUUUGAGCAGAGCACAUAUGGCGAUGAGAUUAUAAUAGAAAGGACAAUUAAAAAAGAAGGUUCCUCUAGUUUCAGUAUAAAAUCAGAGGCUUUGAAAGAGGUUUCAACAAAAAAGAGAGAUCUUCAAGCCGUUGUUGACCAUUUCGCUGUACCAGUUAUGAAUCCGAUGUGCUUUUUGUCUCAAGAUGCUGCAAGAUCUUUUCUCACAGCAAGUACUCCUAGUGAAAAGUAUAAGCAUUUCAUGAGGGGUACACUUUUAGAAGAUACAGAGGAAAAUCUUAACCGCGCCCUUGAAAUUGCAAUAAAUGCGCAAGAAAACCUCGAGUUCCACGCUGAAAAUGUUAAAGCCCUGAGGCAGGAUUAUGAAGAUGCAAGACGAUUGGUCAAGGAAAUUAAUGCUAAUCAAGAUCUUAAUAAGCGUAAGCGAAUUCUACAAGGAAAGAUACUAUGGUUGAAUGUGAAAGAAAACGAAGAAUCACGCGAUAAACUUAGGAGCAAUGAGGCACAUUAUGAUCACAGAAUCAAGGAGAUAGACGCAAAGCUCGAAGCAAAGAAAAAUACGAUCGAAAGGUUCAAUGCAGAUCAAAUCGCAAUGGAGGAGCAACUCGAUUCAAAGCUAAACGAAUGGCAAGAGAAGAAGGCCGUAGCUGAUGCAGCGCGAGAAGCUAUGCAUCAGGUUAAAAUUGACUUUGAAGUCCAAAAGAAACAUAAGGAUGAAACAGAGCAGCAUAUCAAAGAGGCUCAAGAUAAAGUUGGACAUUUCAAAAAAACCAUAGAAGUGCUUCAAGAUCAAUUAAGAAAACAAAUGGGUGGUGAUAAAGAAAAAAUGCAAAUGGAAGCUGACGCCAUUAGAAAGAACAUUGACGAGGCUAAUCAUGGAUACUCAGAGGCAAAUAUACGUUUGCGGGAGUUGAAAGAUAAAGAACGCACUCUUGUAUCUAGUCAAAAACAAGCGCUUGAAGUUCAACAGCGCAGUAUUCACUCUAAAAUAAAUGAAUUACGAGAAUUGAGUAGAGGAAAAAACAACUUUCUCUCCAACUUUGAUUCAAAUAUGGAGCGCGUUUUAAAGGUGAUUAAUCAAAGGAGAAGUGAAUUUUCCACUAUCCCUAUUGGACCUCUUGGUGCUUAUGUGACGGUGAAAAAGGGAUUUGAAAAUUGGGCGCGCCCCAUUCAAAGAUACUUUGGAGGAACAUUAGGCGCAUUUGUUGUGGCAAAUGCCAGGGAUAAUCGCUUAUUGAAGGAAGUGUUUAGAGCUUGUCAGAUAAAGACUAAUGCAAAUGUUAUUACAUAUACCCUCAGUGAGUUUGAUUAUUCACGGGGAAAAGCCCAGUCACAAUAUCCAACGAUUUCAGAUGCCUUGGAAUUUACAAGCCGAAGUGUUGAAUGCCUAUUUGUUGAUCAAAAUAGAAUUGAAAAGGUGGUACUGAUUGAUGAUAAAGACGACGCAAGGACCACAUUACAGAAGAAAUUACCAAACAUUACCAUGGCUCUGUCAUUGAGAGAUUCUAAAAGUGGCUUCCAGUCCUCCUUAUCCCCUUAUGGUGGUUUCCGAAUAGAUACUAUAGAGUACCAAGAUAAAUUGAGGAUGAAAUUAUCCUCCUCCUCUGGUGAUGACUCUUCUUAUCUUAAGCAUGUGAUCAAAGAAGAGCAAGCAGAUAUGGCUAGAAUGAGGGAUCACUAUGAAGUUCUGCUGCAAGAUGUUAGGACCCAAAUGAAAACAGCUAAUGAAAACAUAACACAACUGAAGCUAAAAACUUCAGAACUCAGCAGAAGGGAGGCUGCCCUUCGUCUUGAUAUGGAAAAGGAAGUGGAUACAGGACUAUUAGAGCAAGCUAAGAUUGACAAAGAGAAUUAUGAAAACGCUGUUGUCAGUUAUACCAUUGCAGCGGAAGAAAUUCAGCAAAAGCUAGAAAAAAUUAGUCAGCAAGCCCAACCUUUGAAACAGCGAUUUGAUGAAACUAAAACGGCCUCAAAAGCAGCCGAAACUACACUUAACGAGUUGAAAAACUCAAUCUCCUCGCGUAGUUCUAAAUUGGAAAAGCUGCAGGAUGAUAUUAAGCACUACACUGGUAAGCAAGAUCAAUACAAACAAAAGAGAGAAGAUCUACAACAACGAGUACAACUUUUUGAAAAUGGUAUUCAAAAACAAAUUGAAAAUGCAGAGGUGUUCUGUACAAGAGACAGCGCUUUUACCGCUGAUAUUCCGAAUUCCAUUGAUGAUAUCAAAAGAGAAAUGGAAAGAAUUACGCGACAGAUUCAACUAGCCGAAAGGCGAGUUGGAAUGUCUCAGGAGCAAAUUGUCCAUUUUUUUGAAGAGGCAAAGGUGAAGUAUAGAGAGGCAGAAAAAAAAUAUGAGGAAAUUGAUAAAGCCAUUGCGAUGAUUAAUGACUCAUUAAAGCGGCGGUGGCAGUCGCUUAAUUAUGCAAAAACUGAUACCUGUAUAACAGCUGACACAGAUUUUAAAGAAUCUUUGAGAUUUAGGAAUUUUUCCGGAGGUUUGCAUUUUGAUUUUGGAAAAGGCACCCUUAAUAUGCUAAUCAAGACAAGUAAUGAUGAACAAGCUAGGAAUGUUGACACGCUCUCAGGUGGUGAAAAAUCGUUUUCUCAAAUUUCGUUGUUACUGGCUACUUGGAGACCGAUGCGUUCUCGCAUAAUAGCACUGGACGAAUUUGAUGUUUUUAUGGACCAGGUUAAUCGACAAAUAGGGACGAAGUUGAUAAUGAAUAAACUUUCUAAAGAAAGCAGGACGCAAACUAUCAUUAUAACUCCGCAGGAUAUUGGAAAGAUAGCGAAUUUCAACGACCCUGGAAUUCGCAUCCACAAAAUGAAGGAUCCACAGCGACAAAAUAAUUCGAAUUUUUAUAGCAAUUAA